AUGUCUCAAAAUCAACGAGAGGCCUGGGAGCGUCUACAGGUCAUGCUGUCCCGGCGCAAGGCUGGCUUCGGCGGUGGCUUCCCCGGUGGUGGCCGUGGCGGUAUGGGACUUGUCGGAACUCUUGUUCUGGCAGGUCUUGGUACCUACGUCGCUUCAAAUGCCUUGUUCAACGUUGAUGGUGGUCACCGCGCGAUCAAGUACUCUCGCCUAGGUGGUGUUAAGAAGGAGAUCUACGCCGAAGGUACUCACUUCCAGAUCCCUUGGUUCGAAACACCAAUCAUCUACGAUGUCCGCGCCAAGCCUCGCAACAUUCCCUCUCUUACCGGUACCAAGGACUUGCAGAUGGUGAACAUCACUUGCCGUGUCCUGUCCAGACCCCGUGUGGAUGCCCUUCCCCAGAUUUACCGAACACUGGGCCAAGACUUUGAUGAACGCGUGCUGCCCUCGAUCGUCAACGAGGUGCUGAAGAGCGUUGUUGCUCAGUUCAACGCCAGUCAGCUGAUCACACAGCGUGAGAAUGUUGCCCGUCUGGUUCGGGAGAACCUAGCUCGCCGGGCUGCCCGGUUCAACAUUGCCCUGGACGAUGUGUCUUUGACGCAUUUGACCUUCUCCCCCGAGUUCACCGCCGCUGUUGAGGCCAAGCAGGUCGCCCAGCAAGACGCCCAGCGUGCCGCGUUCAUGGUCGACAAGGCUCGUCAAGAGAAGCAGGCAUUCAUUGUUCGCGCACAGGGUGAGGCCCGCUCGGCCGAGCUCAUUGGUGACGCCAUCAAGAAGAGCAAGAGCUACAUCGAGCUCCGUAAGAUCGAGAACGCUCGCCAGAUUGCCCAGAUCCUCCAGGAGAACGGCGGCAAGAACAAGCUCUACCUUGAUACCCAAGGCCUGGGCUUGAACGUCAAUGCCCACUCCGAGGAAGUCAAAUAA